CAGUGUUGCUCAGGCUGCGAGUCUCUCAGCUCUCAGGAAAAACGCGUUAAAAGUUGUGUCAGUGGCGACAAAACUGAUGAGAGAACCCGGGCGACGGAUAGUGAUACUGCUGGACUUGCGCGCUGGGUUUUGUUUUGUUUGUGUGUUUUGUUAAAGAGACUUUAAAACCUGGUUCGGUUUAGUAACGCGCACUCGCCGGGAUUUCUCUCCUCUCGAAGUUCCCAAGAUGAACUUCGAUCCGGUGGUCGGGAAACCUUCUGUGUUUGUGGCUGCGCUCCUCGUCGGGCUGGUGUGUCACGCAGCCGAACCUCCAGCAUCUCAGUGGUCCGGCGAUGAAUACAAGAACCUCACCCUUCGUCGUCACAGAACAUGUGUGGAGAACGAGCAGUAUCUCCACCAGGGACUCUGCUGCCACAAUUGCGAGGCUGGAACCUUUGUGCAGAAGGGAUGCGAAAGAGACCAAGAACACGGGACCUGUCUGCCCUGUGAGCACGGACAGACCUACACGGAGCACUCCAACGGGAUGAACCGCUGUUUGCCCUGCACUCACUGCCGCUCAGAUGAGAUUCAAACUGCAUCCUGCACCACAACCACAGACACCAGUUGCCAGUGCAGACCGGGUACCUUCUGUGUCCCAGAUCAGGCCUGCGAAGUCUGCAAACGUUGUGCCAAGUGUAAAUCCGGGGAGGAGGAGGUGAAGAAGUGCACCCCAUUUUCUAACACCGAGUGUCGCAAACGGGAUCUGUCCCCAACGGAAACUUCGUCAGCCCUCCCCACACCGACCCCCACUUCUCCAGCCGACAUUGUUUCGCCUAUCUGCAUUUCCCUGGCCAUCAUCGUCAUCGCCAUCAUUGCUGCACUGCUUUUGCACUGGUGGUUCGUAAUCAAGCAGCGUUCAUGUGAAGUACCAUGUUCAACGAGCCAUUGUGAUUCCAGUGAAAUUGUGAAGAUUCCUAUCGACGAGAGUGGAGCCACGGCCGAGGAGAGACAGAAUAAUCAGAACGCAGGUCUGGAGGGCGAGGAGUCCCGCCCGGAGUCCCGGCCCCUGCUGCAGGAGACCGGGAUGACCAAGGCCUCCCCUCCGCUCGAAGAUGAGGACCGGGGUCUAGGAGACAGCUUGCCCAACACCACUAGUUCUUCUCAGACUAGCCUGUCAGCCCCGCCCACCGCAGCCUCCCCCGAUAACAACCCCCCGAACACCCCGCAGCAGAGCCCCGCUGCCAUCCGACUGCCACCUGCAGACAUGGAUGAUCCUCUGCAGCAUCGAUUGGUGCCUCUACAAGGGUCAGAAAAAUCCCUAAAGAAGAGCUUCGAUUUGUUCGACGAGUACCUGGACGUGCGGAUCCAUAACAAGUUCUUCAGAAUGAUCGGGGUCAGUGACAACCACAUUCGGAUCGCGGAGAACGGCCCCCCCAGUGACAAAGUGUAUGAACUGCUGAAGAACUGGAUGCAGCGGCAGGGACUAAAAGCGGACAUCAACGACCUGUUAGAGGCUUUGCUAAGUAUGGACCAGCGGCGCUCAGCUGAGAGCAUCGCCUCUGCGGCCCUGCAGAGCGGCUACUACAAGCACGCAGACGCACCCUGAAAGCUGAAGUAACGGGGACUGCGAACGAAGUAACCACAAAGUACUUAAUGCAAGAAAAAAAAUUCAAAGCACACAGAUACUGUCGGUGGACAUUGUGUCUCACGAACAGGCUUACCUCUUUGUGGCUGACCAGCCAUGUACUCAAAAAGCCAGUAGUUUUAAAAAAAGAAAAACACAAAAAGGGGAAAGUCGAGCCGUAUUUAUCAGAGCUCUGAAGAUGUCGACUACUCGCCAAAUGCGGAGGUGUAAUACCAAAAAAUGAAGAAAGAGUCGCGUGGUCAAAUUUGAACAAAAUCACUGCCAGAGACAACAAUGAAAUUGUGUUUGAAAAAAAAAAAGAAAAAGAGCAGAUUAAUGCGAAGGUGUCUGCUUCCACAGGCAGAAACGACUGCAUGUUUUAGGCUCUAAUGGAGCAACAUGCGUCCAAAUACUGAAACGUCUCUGGGCGUGUGUGUGCGCGUGUGUGUGUGUGUGUGUGUGUGUGUGUGUGUGUGUGUCACGCAUCUGGCCCUCAGAUCACAAAACACGCCCUGGAGACAAGGAUAUACACUGGUUUGUAGGAGUGGCAUUAGCUACGUCACUAAUACUGUGCCUCUUUGAUGCACUGACCUCUGGCACAUGUAGGAUUUUCAAAUUAAAAUCAUGCUAUAUUUGUUGUUAUGUAGAUUUAAGAUGGACGGUUAGCUUUACUAAUCAUAAGAGUGCCAUUUGAUCAGCUAAAUUUAUUUAGGGAUCCUGAUGUCAUUAUGUUCAUAGAGCGUAGCCAUUCAAAAAUAGAUUUUUGAACAAUCGAGUGACGUUGGAGAAACGCUUUCAGUCUGUGUCGUCCGGUCUUUUAUAUGCUCAGUGUUGCUCCGCACACGACAUCGUAGAAGGAAUUUCACCAGCUGUUUCUGUUGGAGCAGCUGUUUCCAUAAUGUUUCCAUGUAACUUGGACAACUUCAAAGGUCAUUUUAUUUAUUGACGUAUUUAUUGUAAUGAAUAAUAAUUCACUUUGAAUAUUUAUGCCGUUUUCAAAACAAACGACCCUGGACAACAUGACGUUCAGCUUCGGGGCAAAAUCACUGACAUCCAACUUUUCAAAGGUGCGAUUGAAGCUCCGUAGUGUCCCUGCUCGCCGUGCCGUGUUAAGUGUAGCACUCUGGUCCACACUGUCAAUGUGUCAAUGUUACAUGUGCCAUUUCCUCUCCAGAGACCACAUUCGGCGGAGUGUGGAAGCUUUCACGAUGCUAAACGCAGAGUGUGUCAUUUCAAAUUGGAGUUGAGGUGACGUCCAAUCUUAGAAAACAAUGAGAACUGACCUGCUGAGUCCUGACCGUUGAACAGUCCUCCUGUACAUGUCAGCGGUGACGUGGCAGAUAUGGAUUGUUUCGUCUUUGGUUAGACUCAAAACAAGAUGAAGGAAACUAUUUUUUUUUUCUUGAUUUUAAAAAGAAGCUCAAAUGUAUUUUCCCCCUCAUUCUGACACAUGUACAGACGAAGGUCCAGAGCGCACCGACGCCUCAAGACGUGUACAUGUGUGUGUAUAUAUGCAGCUCUAUUAACAAACCAACAUGAAUAUAGUGAGGUGUGGCGUUAUUCAGAGCAACAGCAGCACCAACCGGAGCCGUUGGCUGUCGAGGUUGUGACAUUUUAAACUAGACUAGGCCCAUUCUUCUGCAGCAUGUAUAAAGGAAAGAGUUACAGAGUUCUAUAUUAUUGCUGAAGAGUGAUGCUACAGUGCUGGCACUGCCAUCUAUUAACAGACGAUGAAAAUACAGCCGGCAUCAAUUUCUAGGGGUCUGAACCCCCCCCCUCUCUCACUGAACAUUCUCCCUUUUUAACUCCUUUUUAAAGCGUUGGUAAACUCUUUGUCUUGUUUCUUUUUAAAGAUUCCUCUUGGCCUUUGAAGUAGCAGCAUGCAUGUUUUGUUCACUCUGUGGCACUUCACGUGGCUGUCUUUUUUUCUAAAGAAUAGUUUCUGUGUUUUUACUUUUAUAUAUCUUAUUGCCAAGUCCUAAACUGUUCAAUUAACUUCCUCUCGUGUAGAGAAACCUUCUGUCCAGCGUUUCCGCUCAGCCAUUUCCCCCUUAGUUAUUGUUUGCUUGUCAUGAAUUUCAGAUAUAAAUUAUGCAAAUACAUCAAAGCUGUUUUUAUGUCAAUUUCAAAUAAAUGUUUUGUACAGA